CUGGUGGUGCUGACCAAGGACAGCCUCAGCCUCUUCCCCGACGGGCACAAGCGGGCCAAGGGCAAGGAGCUGGGCUUCGGCUCCAUCCUCAAGGUGGACUGCGUGGAGCGCACGGGCAAGUACAUCUACUUCACCAUCGUCACCAAGGACCGCAAGGAGAUUGACUUUCGGUGCCCGGACCAGAGCUGCUGGAACGCCUCCAUCACCAUGGCCCUCAUCGAC